AUGAGCCCUGGAAGGAGGCAAAUAUCCUGGAUCUCACCUGUGAUUUUUCUGUCCCGGCGUGGAAAAAAUAGGCGACGUCCUGGGACGGAUACCCAAGCAAUGAUAUCCGGCCGUGACUCGGUACGGAUCGCACCCGAGCCUCACAGAGGUCCGUCCGAGGGUGUCGGGUUCGGAUCGGAACCCCGCAAGUUGUGA